AUGUUUGGGAACCCAGGAGACCAGUUUCUGGAGUUUUUAAAGUCAGAUGUCCUCCCGUUCUUGCCUGACAUGGGAUUACAGUUACUGAAGAGUUUGGGUCUCUUUUGUCGUAUUUCUGGAGUGCAGACAGGCCACUUCAACAGCCAGGUGCUACUUCAGACACAUGCUGUUGUAAUAUGUACAGAAUGUAAUUCAGUAUUGUCUUGUUGUAAUAUUCAAAGUCUUUCCUUUAAAAGAAACUUUAAUCUGGAUGGCAGCAGAUGUUGCUCCAAAACCUGUUUAUAUUAUUCAGCUCAAACAGAUCCUGCCAAGAUGUGUUAG